AUGGUGCUCUGGGGUCCAGUGCUGGGAGUUCUGCUGGUGGCCAUCAUGGGGUACCUGUACCUGCUGGGGCUGCUUCGGCAACGCAGGCCCCAGGAGCCCCCUCUGGACAAGGGCUCCAUACCCUGGCUGGGCCAUGCCAUGUCUUUCCGGAAGAAUAUGUUUGAAUUCCUGAAGCACAUGCGGGCCAAGCACGGGGAUGUGUUCACGGUGCAGCUAGGGGGCCAGUACUUCACCUUUGUCAUGGACCCCCUCUCCUUUGGCCCCAUUCUCAAGGAUGCACAGAGAAAAUUGGACUUUGUGAAGUAUGCAGAAAAACUGGUGCUAAAGGUAUUUGGAUACCACUCAGUGCAGGGAGACCACCGGAUGAUACACUCAGCCAGCACCAAGCACCUCAUGGGGGAUGGCUUGGAGGAUCUCAACAAAGUCAUGCUGGAUAGCCUGUCUUUGGUCAUACUGGGGCCCACAGGCCGGAGUCCAGAUACCAGUUGCUGGCAUGAGGAUGGCCUCUUUCACUUCUGCUACAACGUCUUGUUCAAGGCUGGCUACCUGAGCUUGUUUGGCUAUACAAAGGACAAGGAGCAAGACCUGCUACAGGCAGAGGAGUUAUUCGCCCAGUUCCGCAAGUUUGAUCGCCUGUUCCCCAGGUUUGUUUACUCCCUGCUGGGGCCCCGAGAGUGGCUAGAAGUGGGCCGGCUCCAGCGUCUCUUCCAUAAGACACUUUCUGUGAAACACAACCUGGAGAAGGAUGGCAUGAGCAACUGGAUAUCCUACAUGCUUCAGUUUCUGAGGGAGCAGGGAGUAGCUCCAGCCAUGCAGGACAAGUUCAAUUUCAUGAUGCUCUGGGCCUCCCAGGGGAACACGGGGCCUACCUCUUUCUGGGCCCUCUUGUUCCUCCUGAAGCACCCAGAAGCCUUGCAGGCUGUGAGGGAGGAGGCUGUGCAGGUCCUGGGGGAGGCCGGCCUGGAGGCUAGGCAGUCCCUCAACUUUGAGAUCAGUGCCAUGCACCGCACUCCAGUGCUGGACAGUGUGAUGGAAGAGACACUACGGCUGGGGGCUGCACCCACCCUCCUCAGGGUAGUGCACGGUGACCACAUCCUGAAGAUGGCCAAUGGGCAGGAGUACCUGCUCCGCAAUGGAGACAUUGUGGCCCUCUUCCCUUACCUUUCAGUGCAUAUGGACCCUGACAUCCACCCUGAGCCCACUGCUUUCAAGUAUGACCGCUUCCUCAACCCCAAUGGUAGCCGAAAAGUGGACUUCUACAAGGCAGGCAAGAAGAUCCACCACUAUACCAUGCCGUGGGGCUCGGGCGUCUCCAUCUGUCCUGGGAGGUUCAUGGCCCUCAGUGAGAUGAAGCUUUUUGUCCUGCUCAUGGUCACACACUUUGACCUGGAGCUAAUGGACCCUGACACACCUGUGCCACCCGUGGACCCCCAGCGUUGGGGCUUUGGCACCACACAGCCCAGCCAUGACGUGCGCUUCCGCUACCGCCUGCGGCCUACUGUGUGA